UCACUGUUACUUUCUUUCUCUCUCCGUCUCUCUCUCUCUCUCUGUCUCCCCCUCUCUCUCUGUCUCCCCCUCUCUCUCUCCCCGGUGGUGUGGCCGCGCCUGAGCUCCCUUCGUUGCGCGGCUGCCUGUUUCCUGUGAGAGCCCGGGGGGCAGGAGGAGGAAGAGGAGGAGGCGGCGGCGGCGGCGGCGGAUCAUGGAUAUCGAGAGGCUACAGGAGGCACUGAAAGAUUUUGAGAAGAGGGGGAAAAAGGAAGUCUGUCCAAUAUUGGAUCAGUUUCUUUGCCAUGUCGCCAAGACUGGAGAGACAAUGAUCCAGUGGUCACAAUUCAAAGGCUAUUUUAUUUUCAAAUUGGAGAAAGUAAUGGAUGACUUCAGAACUUCUGCUCCUGAGCCAAGAGGCCCUCCUAACCCCAAUGUGGAAUAUAUUCCCUUUGAGGAGAUGAAAGAACGAAUUCUGAAAAUAGUUACUGGCUUUAAUGGUAUCCCAUUUACUAUUCAACGACUUUGUGAGCUGCUGACAGAUCCUAGGCGGAAUUACACAGGAACAGACAAAUUUCUCAGAGGAGUAGAAAAGAAUGUUAUGGUGGUCAGCUGUGUGUAUCCUUCUUCAGAGAAAAAUAAUUCCAACAGUUUAAACAGGAUGAAUGGUGUAAUGUUUCCAGGAAACUCACCAGGUUACUCAGACAGAUCUAAUAUAAAUGGUCCUGGAACACCCCGGCCUGUAACGCGGCCAAAAGUUUCUUUGUCACCUCCUAUGACAACAAAUGGUUUACCAGACAGUUCCGAAAAUAAGGAGCUAGGUCUCCUGCAAACUGAGGAGAAAAUUAACAGUGAAUCACCAGCAUCUGAGCCUGAAAGAGUCCAAAACUGUCCUGUAAAAAAUAAACACCCUGGAGAAGAUCCAGCAGAAAUGGAAGGAUAUGAAGUAAAAAGACUUAAAUUUGACAAAGAGGAGGAAGCUGAAGAGACUUCCAACCAGAGUGGUUCCCAUGAAGCUUGCUCAGCAAUGGUAGAAGAGACUGAGACAACUUCUGCAUCUCAGGAUAAAGAAAAAGAAACCAUUGGAGAGAGACAGCAUUGUAAAGAGGAAGCUGAGGAGAAAGAAGAAACUCUCAUGAUGUCAAGAGAAAUUUUUCCAGAAAGAAAAGUUCUGGACAAAGACAGUGCCUCCUUAAGUGAGAAAGAAGACGUUUCUGAGGAGAAUAAUCAGAUUGGGGAAUCUGAUCAGACUCAAGCAAUGAAAGACUUGUCUUCUCAAAAUAGUGAGAACAGUGGAUCUGUUAGUAGCAAAGCUGACUGCAGUGACAAAGAAGAAUUGGGCUCAUAUGUUAGUGAAACUCCUGAAAUUGCAUCAGAGACCCCAGUGGAAAACAGCGAUGAAGCCACAGAAGCUGCAGAUGAACCUAUGGAUCAAGACUAAUAAUUUUAAUAAACUUAGAGGCAGUAUUUUCCAUAAGGCUCUGGUUUUACACUGUAUAAAUAAUUUUAUGUAAUAAAAGCGGACCGUUAGUUUUCCAAGAGAAGCAGGCUGUAAAUUGAACUUCUCAGUGCAUUAAAUCCUGAAGGAGUUGUACUUGUUACUGUGAAAUAUUGGCUCCUUCAGGUCCUGCUUGCCACUGAAAUUUCAGUAUGAUCAAAUCUGGUCUGUGUAUAGUUUUUCUUUUUUUUUUAAUUUAGAAUUAACAUUUUUAAACUGGAAGGCAAUUAUAAUUCUGAAAAUUUUUUGGAGAUUCCACACUUAGUUACUUCUCUCUCUCCUUUAUUUCCCUUGAAUGCUAUAGCAGUUAAUUUUUGGUUUUGGUUAGUUUCACCAUUAACAUGUGAAUUUCAUGUUGGUUUACAGAUUUUCAUUUGACUACAUUUUGUGCUUUAAAAAGCUACACAUUGGUGUAUAAUACUUGAUAAUAUACUAAUCUAAAGAAAAUCUAUGUUUGCACUCUUAGAUGCAUUUUCUUUUCCAGAUGGAAGCAACCAACUUCUUUCAUACAAGGCAACAUUUUUUACCCCUGAAUAAACCAAAUAAAAUUAGGCCCGCCUGAUAUCCUGAAGUUCCAAAUAUUGCUGAAAGUACCAAGUUAAAUACAUUCCAAGAGUUCUGUUCUAACAAACACUUUUGUACAUUUCUGAGGUGCCUGGAAGAUAGGUUUUCAUUUUACUGCUGAAAAAACUGUGUUAAGUUGAGAACAGAUUUCAAAAUAAUACCUUCAGCUUUUUUUGUAGGGGGAAUGUUUGCAAACCUGACAAGAUAGUUUCUGUGAACUAAGGAAGUUUCUGACAUUACAUAAUGGUUUCAUAGUAAGAAAUCAGACUGAUAUGAAAUGCUGCAGCAUUGCAUGCCUUAGUUAUGUAUCUGAGCUGAAUGGCUACCAUUUGUACAUCAUUUUGAAAGUGAAUUAAAUAUUUUUGAACAUGCCACUUUGACAGCCAGUGUUAACACUUUCUUUCCAAAACCAGCUCAAAGCACAAUUACUGCUUUAAAUACUUCACAUUAUAUUUUUCAAACAUUGGUGUGUAAAAACACUCAAAACGUAACCUCCCAGUCGCAUUUACUGGCUGCCAAAUUUAUACCUGUUUCUUCGACUGUACCUUUUUGAUAUUUAGAAUUUUUAAAUCUCUGUAAAGUAGAUUUUUGUAGAUUGUAAAGAGUGCUCACUGCCAUUGUGAAACGGUAUAUAAUUGUAUAAUUUGUGUGUAAACUGGAUGCUUGGGCUUUCAAUACAGUAUUCAUAUAAAGCAAUAAAUAUGUUAUAAAAUGUUUGAGUACAUUUUAAUCAAACCAUAAUGGGACUCCCUUUUUUGGCAGUGAAGACACAUACCUUGGAGUACAAAAAUAAUCACCAAAGUGCAUGCUAACAAUUCUUGUACUGCAUGGUGUGCUUCAUUCUGGAGAACAGUGGGUUUUGAAUUCAACAUAUUCCAAAAUAACUUGAAUGAAUUUGCAAAACUGCUAUCAGGUUAAAAAGUUGAAAAGGUAUUGCUUGGGAAAAGACCUAGUGCCCUUCUAUGUACUUAAAAACAAAAAAUCAAUUUAUGUUCAAUCACUUUCUCUUGGCAAGAGAGGAGGGUUGAAUAUGUACUGCAAGCAUUAAAGAGGGGAAUACUCAAACCAAAACAGGAAUUAGAAAACAUGUACCGGAACACAAGUCUAUAAGAUACAAUUUGCUCUCCUUGCUUUUUUUUUCAAGGGAUACUUUGCAAAUGAGAACAAAUUUUAAGUUUAGAGACUUCUGAAAUUUUCUUUAGAAUGUUUGUGAAAAUACUGUUAAUAAACCUAUUAUUUAAUCAUC